GGGAGGGGGAUUGACAUGUCUCUCGAAGACCCUUUUUUCGUAGUCCGAGGCGAAGUGCAGAAGGCGGUGAACACGGCUCGCGGGCUGUACCAGCGCUGGUGCGAGCUCCUGCAGCAGGGCGCGGCGGUCGAACGCGAGGAGCUGGACUGGACGACCAAUGAGCUGCGGAAUGGCCUGCGCAGCAUUGAGUGGGACCUCGAGGACCUGGAAGAGACCAUCGGUAUAGUGGAAGCCAACCCAAGCAAAUUCAAGCUCCCCGCUGGGGACCUGCAGGAGAGAAAGGUGUUCGUGGAGCGGAUGCGGGAGGCGGUCCAGGAAAUGAAGGACCAUGUGGUCAGCCCAGCAGCCAUAGCUUUCAUGGAGAGGAAUAAUCGAGAGAUGCUGGUGGGCAAACCAGCUAGCCAGAAGUCACCCAGCGACCUGCUGGAUGCCAGCGUGGUCUCGACCACCUCUCGCUACAUUGAGGAGCAGCAGGCCACGCAGCAGCUGAUCAUGGACCACCAAGAUCAACAGCUGGAAAUGGUAUCUGGGAGCAUCCGGGUUCUGAAACACAUGUCCGGCCGUGUCGGGGAGGAGCUGGACGAGCAGGGCAUUAUGCUGGACGCUUUUGCUCACGAGAUGGACCAUACCCAGUCCCGGAUGGGCGGGGCCCUCAGAAAGAUGGCCAAAGUAUCCCACAUGACGAGUGACCGCCGACAGUGGUGUGCCAUUGUGGUGCUGCUGGGGAUGCUUCUCCUGGUUGUCAUCCUACUCUUCUGUCUCUGACCCCAGCCUUCCCUGGGAGGCUGGUCCCUGGUGCCUGGGGAGCUGCCAAGCCCUGCCUCCUGGGAGGAGGGUGUCCUGCCUGGAGAGCUGUCCCCAAGGCUCUCAUCCAGAGCCAGUGGGACCCUCAGGGCCCUGGGCUGGAUCCCCUGCCACUGGUCCAGUCUCAAGUGUGCUGGGGGGGUGGUUGAGGUAAGGGGACCUCAGGCACACCUCUCCCCAUUUCUACUUGCAGUGCCCCAAAGCCAUUCACCCCUGUGCCUUUUCUGUAUGUGCCAACUUGGAAAUAAAAUCCCAACCUUUUUUUUUUU